AUGGAUCUAGUUGAGUUGAUUGCUACUACUCAUUCCAUGUUUUUAUCAAAAAAAGUGGUGCCUCCAAGAGCAGCUAGAAUAUAUGAAUUAGAUAGCAUAAAUCAACAAGAAUCAAUCAAGAAACUGGGAAUUCUAAUUGGUCAGAUAGCUCAACAACUUACAAAACACCCACAAGAAACAUUGCCAGGCAAAACAAUGGUCAAUCCAAAAGAGCAAGUGCAAGUUAUUAUAAUCAAAAGUGGGGUACAACUUCCAGAGAUACAUGUGAAGAAACCAGAGAGAAAAGAUAAAGAAGUAAUGGUUGAAGAGGCUAGAAAAGAAGUAAAGUCUGAACCACUAACUAAUGAGGAAGACGAAAGGAAAGACACAUUCACAGUGAAAGCACCCAGCCCUGUAAAAGCUUAUGUGCCACCAAUUCCCUUUCCUCAAAUGUUACAGAGAAAGAAGCUGGACAAACAAUUUACCAAAUACAAUAGCCCAAAUGCCCGGCUAUGCAAAAUUCUUGAAAGAGACUUGUCUGACAAAAGGAAGCUGGAAGAACAUGGGACUGUCUGCCUGAACGAGGAAUACAGUGCCAGUGUUAAUUUGAUGCCUCUUUCUAUUUAUAGGUCUAUUGGAUUAGGGGAAGCAAACCCUACAACUAUCUCUUUGCAACUGGUUGACAGAUCGAUCAAACGACCAAACGGGAUUAUUGAAGAUGUGCUAGUUAAAGUCGAUAAAUUUAUUUUUUCAGCUGACUUCAUCAUUUUGGACAUAGAUGAGGAUUCAAACAUCCCUCUAAUUUUGGGAAAACCCUUCUUAGCUAUCGAAAGAGCGUUGAUUGAUGUUUACGAUGGAAAGAUGAUUCUCUGGGUAGACAAUGAGCAAGUCAUAUUUAACAUGCUCAAGGCGAUGAAAGAUCCACCGACUUAG